AUGGCGCCCCGUCAACCCCUCAAACUCCUCAUGCUUCACGGCUACACCCAGUCCGGCACCCUAUUCCACGCCAAAAGCCGCGCCCUCAUCAAGCACAUCACAAAGGCAUUCCCCCUCCACGAGGUCUCUGCUAUCUACCCAACAGGUCCCACCCGCCUCAACCCCGCCGACAUACCAGGUUACGAGCCGCCCGCAGAGGGCUCCCCCGCAGAACAGCAGCAGGAGCAAAUCGAAGCAUACGGGUGGUACCGCCGCUCAAACACCGCCGAUCCACCCCUCUACGUCGGCCUUGAAGGCGGCUUGGAUGCCAUCGCCAAGGUCCUCCGCGAGGAAGGGCCCUUCGACGGCGUGAUCGGGUUCUCGCAGGGUGCCGCGAUGGCCGCCAUGGUUGCGUCGCUGCUUGAGCCCGGCAGAAAGGAGGCCUUUGAGCAUUUCGCUGAUCCCAAGGUUGCCUCGGAGGGGUUCGAGGUCAAGGAGCCUGUUGCAGGUGUUGCCUUUCCCGCGUCGUUCGAGGAAGCGGGCCAUCCGCCUCUGAAGUUCGCGUUGUGUUACAGUGGGUUUCGGUCGCCGGGGCCGCGGUAUCGGCCGUUCUAUGAGCAUCCGCCUGUUCAGACGCCCAUUCUGCAUGUCCUGGGAUCGUUAGAUGCUGUUGUUGAUGAUCAACGCAGUCGUGCGCUGGUUGAUGCCUGUGCUGGUGAUCCGGAAAGGGAGGGGAAGGUUGUGUGGCACCCUGGUGGGCACUUUUUGCCUAGUCAGAGACCAUAUUUGGAUGCUGCGGUGCGGUUCAUCAGAGAGCAACUGGAAGGAAACCAAGCGAAGGCGGAUGCGAAAGAAGAUGACGUUAGGGAUAUGGAUUUGCCAUUUUAG